AUGGGGUUCCUCGGUGUCUAUUCGGCUGUGUACGAUUACCAGCCACAAGGAGAGGGUGAACUCCAGAUCCACGAAGGAGACCUGCUGUAUAUCUUGGAAAAGAACUCGGACGAUGAUUGGUGGAGGGCUAAGAAAAAGGCCGAUCGGGAUGAUGAGGAUGAACCCGAGGGUCUAGUCCCCAGCAACUAUGUCGAAGAGGCGCAACCAGUACACAGAGCCACGGCCCUUUUUGAUUACACGCGACAGACCGAUGAGGAAGUGUCUUUCUCUGAAGAUGCCGAAUUGCUGGUGUACGAUAUCUCGGACCCGGAUUGGACAUUGGUAGGGAUCAACUCAGAUUAUGGAUUUGCGCCGUCAAAUUACAUAGAAAUCAUUGAGGAUACUGCCUCUGCUGCAGCGCAUGUCCCUACUCCACCUUCUGUUUCAGCCGAGCCUGCGGCACCGUCUCUUCCACAGCGACCAACGCAAGGCUUAGAAGAAGAAGUUGAGGCACCUCCGGCUAGUUCCCCGAUUGAUUUGUCUCAAAACCCCGCUGCUGCUGCGAUUGCCGAUAUCAUCCACAAACAGCAUGCUCCCACGGGUCUUCCUACCGAGUCAUCUAGAGACGAGCCUCCGCCACCCAGUCUUCCAGUCCGACCAUCGUACGACGAAGCAGAGGAUCGCAAUGGGGAGUCUCCGCCCCCUGCUCUACCGCGCCGACCACCUUCGGAGCAUGCAACCCCACCGAUGCCUCAGUAUUCCCCAGAGCCCUCUCCAGCGCCACCUCGCCCCCAGCAGGCAGCGCCUUCUUCACUUAAUCGCGAUGGAACUCGCGUCAAGGCUUCCCCACCUUACAAUAGGGCCGGUGAGAUGACACCGCGAUCUCCUUCCGGAUACCAUAUCUAUAACAUCAAUGAAAUGGUUGAGGUAAUGGGCAAAAGAAAGAAGAUGCCAACAACACUGGGUAUUAACAUGGUUACUGGUAUCAUUUUCAUUUCUCCUGAGGGAGAUGACCGACAACAAGAAUGGAGUGCGGAAAAGCUCACUCAUUACUCGAUUGAAGGCAAGCAUGUCUUCAUUGAUCUUGUGAGGCCAAGCAAGAGCAUUGACUUCCAUGCAGGAGCGAAGGACACUGCCCAAGAGGUUGUUGCAGCGCUCGGCGAGAUUGCCGGAGCCUACAGGGCUGAGGGAUUGCGUGAGGUCCUAGAAGCCGGAGAAGGCGGCGGCCAGAAGAAGGGCCAGAUUCUUUACGACUUUAUGGCACAGGGCGACGAUGAAGUGACUGUGGCUGUGGGUGAUGAGGUUGUCAUCAUAGAUGACAGCAAGUCUGAAGAGUGGUGGAUGGUGCGGCGAUUGAAGAACAAUAAGGAAGGCGUUGUCCCUAGCAGUUAUGUUGAAAUCACAGGAAUGAUGACCAAGCCACUUCUUCCAGAGGACCCAGGUCUGACGAGUGUGGAAAAGAAUCGAAGAGAAGAAGCCCGACUGACCAAACUUGCAAUGGGCAAGUCACGCACGGACUCGAUGGAUUCUUCGGACCGCCAGAAGCGCGACAGCAAAUCGAAAUCCAAACCAGACCCGAAAAAGGUUCGCAAAUGGACAGAUCGUUCCAAGAGUUUCACCGUGGACGCGCAGUUCGUAGGUCUUCAUGAUGGAAAGAUUCAUUUGCACAAAGUGAAUGGUAUCAAGAUCGCCGUCCCUGUCUCGAAGAUGUCUGUUGAAGAUUUGGAAUUUGUGGAGAAAGCCGCCAACGUUUCACUGGAGGAGGAUAAACCCCUCUCAAGCCUUAAGUCUCGAGUCACUCCCGAGGCCAGCAAGUCUGGAGCUUCCGUGCAACACCCCGAGUACGAUUGGUUCGACUUCUUCUUGAAGGCUGGCGUUGGGCCACAUCGGUGCGAACGUUAUGCGCAAAGCUUUAUCAAGGAUUCAAUGGAUGAAUCUGUGCUUCCCGACAUUAAGAUGGAAACGCUUAUUACUUUGGGAUUGAACCAGGGUGAUGCUUUGCGUGUUAUGAAGGUCUUGGAUAACAAAUACAACCGUGUCGACAAAUCUAAGCCUCGAAAUGUGAGCUUUGGGGGUGAAGAAUUCAUUGGCAAUGGGGAUGAUGGAGGGCAGGGUGGUCUAUUUUCUGGGCCCGGUGGUACACUGCGCAACAACACUCGCAAGGGCAGGCCCACCCCAAGCGUCCAAGCUGGGGAUGUUGUUGAUCCGAAGGUGUUUGGACAGACAGACGACUCCAAGUCCCAGGACAAACCGGCAAGUCCACCUCCUGCCGAGCCAGAGAAGCCCGUUGCACGCGGAUUUGACGACGAUGCUUGGGAGGUAAAGCAGCCAAAGCAGCCAUCCACGGCAUCUGUGUCUGCUACCUCGACACCGCCGGCGGCAGCUCAGGCUCCAAUCCAAAAGCAAAUCACUGGAGCAAUGGCGGAUCUGACUCUGCUUCAAGCUCCUUUGCAGCCCACCCCUGCACAGCCCACAGGCACCGCACAGCCAGUUCCGCCCAUGCCGGCUCUUCAGCCGCAACAAACUGCAGUGCAGUCACCGGUAGUACAGCCUCAGCAAACAGGUGCCACGCCUAGCUUCUUUAACCAAGUGGCACAGGCAGGGCAACAGGACUUUAGCCCCCAGCAGACCGGAUUCCAGCCAACACAAGCCCGGCAGCGCCCCCAGCCCCCUCAGGCCUUGGGACAAAACUCGCUGUUGCCUCCUCCCCCUCCACGUCCACUGUCUGCGCCACAGAACUUCUCGCAGCAACAGAGCUCCUUUGGGCUUCCUCCAUUGCAGGCUCAACUGACUGGACUUCCCCAAGCCGGCCCUCCGGUUGCACCUCCCGGACAGAGCCUGAGUGAACUGAACCAGCAGCGUUUCCAGCCAGCAAUGCAGCCACAAGCAACGGGAUUCAUGGGGCAGAACCAAUACGGGAAUGGCUUGAUGCCUCAGUCGACAGGAUUUGUUCCACAAUCCCAAUUCGGUGUCCAGCAACAGCAACAGCCAUUUCUCCAACAGCCUGGCUUCCAGGGACUUGCAUCGCAGCCUACAGGCUUUGGGGGAUUUGCGCAACCUCAGCAACCAAUGCCAACCGGUAUCAACUCCGUUCUCCCUCCAGCAUUGCGACCACAGCCCACUGGUGCGAAUGGCUUUGGUAACCAGUACUCUGCAACCUCCCCACCCCCUGUGCCGCCGAUUCCUCAGCAGCCCACAGCCACUCCUCUAUCACCGCAAAAGACAGGGCCGCCUCCGUCCGUCAGAUUCGGUGUCAAGCCUGACGGUCCCAAGAAGCUUGAGCCACAGCCAACAGGACUCAGGGCUAAUCUCUCACAAGCUACACCCCAUAAUCCGUUUGGCUUCUGA